GGGGGCGCCCAGAACACGCCGUCUGCGAAGAACGAUUAAUAAAACUACAUUUCCCAGCGUCCCGCGCGCCGCUGACGCACUUCCAAAGCCCGCGGACAAGAUGGCUGCGCCCCAGGAGCACGAUUCUCCGACAGAAGCGCCCCAGCCGGCAGUGGAGGAGGAGGAAAUUAAAACAUUUAAAGAUUUGGGUGUGACAGAUGUAUUGUGUGAAGCUUGUGACCAGUUGGGAUGGGCAAAGCCCACCAAGAUCCAGAUUGAAGCUAUUCCUUUGGCCUUACAAGGUCGUGACAUCAUUGGGCUGGCAGAAACUGGCUCUGGAAAAACAGGGGCCUUUGCUUUGCCCAUUCUGAACGCGCUGCUGGAGACCCCCCAGCGUUUGUUUGCCCUGGUUCUGACGCCCACUCGGGAGCUGGCUUUUCAGAUCUCAGAGCAGUUCGAAGCCCUGGGGUCCUCUAUCGGAGUGCAGAGUGCUGUGAUCGUGGGUGGAAUUGAUUCAAUGUCUCAAUCUCUGGCCCUGGCAAAAAAACCGCAUAUAGUAAUAGCAACUCCUGGUCGACUGAUUGACCACUUGGAAAAUACAAAAGGUUUCAACUUAAGAGCUCUCAAAUACUUGGUCAUGGAUGAAGCCGACCGAAUAUUGAACAUGGAUUUUGAGACAGAGGUUGACAAGAUCCUCAAAGUGAUUCCCCGAGAUCGGAAAACAUUUCUCUUCUCUGCUACCAUGACCAAGAAGGUGCAAAAGCUUCAACGAGCAGCUCUGAAGAAUCCUGUGAAAUGUGCUGUUUCCUCUAAAUACCAGACAGUUGAGAAAUUACAGCAAUAUUAUCUUUUCAUUCCCUCUAAAUUCAAGGAUACCUACCUGGUUUACAUUCUAAAUGAACUGGCUGGAAACUCAUUUAUGAUAUUCUGUAGCACCUGUAACAAUACUCAGAGAACAGCUUUGCUACUCCGAAAUCUCGGAUUCACGGCCAUCCCCCUCCAUGGACAGAUGAGUCAGAGCAAGCGCUUAGGAUCCCUUAAUAAGUUUAAGGCAAAGGCUCGUUCCAUUCUUCUAGCAACUGAUGUUGCAAGCCGAGGUUUGGACAUACCGCAUGUAGAUGUGGUUGUCAACUUCGACAUUCCUACACAUUCCAAGGAUUAUAUCCAUCGAGUAGGUCGAACAGCUAGAGCUGGACGUUCUGGAAAGGCUAUUACUUUUGUCACACAGUAUGACGUGGAACUCUUCCAGCGCAUAGAACACUUAAUUGGGAAGAAACUACCUGUUUUUCCAACGCAGGAUGAUGAGGUUAUGAUGCUGACAGAACGUGUGACUGAAGCCCAAAGAUUUGCCCGAAUGGAGUUAAGGGAGCAUGGAGAAAAAAAGAAACGCACGCGGGAGGAUGCUGGGGACAACGAUGACACGGAGGGUGCUAUUGGUGUCAGGAACAAGGUGGCUGGAGGAAAAAUGAAGAAACGGAAAGGCCGUUAAUCACUUUAUUAUAAAGACUUGAGUUCUGCUUUCUUUUCUGUAGAAGAGAAUUGGAGAAGAGAAUGAAAUCUCCAGGAGAGGUUCUCAGACUGAAGUCUGUCAGAAUUGUUGGCAGAAUGAGCUCAGCUAAUUCACUACUCCUUCCCCUUUCUGUGUGUUGGAGCAUCAUGACUGCGGAGUAGUUUUUACAGUGCUCAUGUCACGACUGCUCCUGUUCUUCAGCUUCGAUUCCUUGCUCGUGACAUGAGUAGAUGUGCUCUUCUGUCACUUCACACAGACCUUUUACCCUUUUUAGCUGCGAGUCAAGAACUAGGUCCAUGAAGCCCAUGACCUGUAAUUGUAAAGGAAAGAAGCUUGGACAUGUAUAAGUGAAACUUCAGCCAUCUCAGCUUGUGCUUCAUUAGACCUAAUGCAAAACAAUAAAUUUAAAUACUAUUUUUAAAAGA